AUGUUUGGAUUUGAAGUCAGCAAAAAAUUACCGAAGAACUUCCUUUCGAAGAGGCACAAGCCUCAAGUGCUGCGAAACAUCGCUGCUUGUCAGAUUUACUUUCUGGAAUAUUACUUUAGCUUAUUCGAUUAUAUCAUUACCAGAAGAACCAGGACUAAGAAGAUUUUAGAUUUCAUUGAGCAAAAUAAAGGGAGCAUUUCAGUAAUGAAUUUGAGAAAUGAAUGGAGCAGUUAUCUAAUACAAGAAAAUGCUUUAUUAAGAGGUCGAAGGCAAAGAUUGAAAAAAUCAGAUUUUGAGAUUAUCAGUCAAAUUGGCCAAGGUGGUUAUGGAAAAGUUUUUUUAUCAAGAAAGAAGGACACUUCUGAGCUUUGUGCAUUGAAGAUACUACAUAAAAAACCUUCCUUGAAGUUACAACAAAUUAAUCAGGUGCUAAUGGAGAGAGAUAUUUUGAGCAUUACGAAAUCUGUUUGGUUAGUGAAAUUGUUGUACGCAUUCCAAGACCAGGAACAGUUAUAUUUGGCUAUGGAAUUUGUACCAGGUGGUGAUUUUAGGACAUUAUUAUCUAAUGUCAAAUAUUUGAAACACAACCAUGCCGAAUUCUAUAUUAGUGAGAUGUUCCUUGCAAUCAACUCUUUACAUCAAUUGGGUUAUAUCCAUAGAGAUUUGAAGCCUGAAAAUUUCCUUAUUGAUUCGAGUGGCCACGUAAAAUUGACCGAUUUUGGCUUAGCAUCUGGAAAAUUUCCUUACUCAGAAGUGCUACGCAUGGAAGAAAGACUUAAUAGGGUUGAAUCACUGAGGCAUUUCAAAUAUUAUGAUUUUAAUGGAAUUUCUGAGGAUUUUAAGUGUAUUCAAUCUAAUUAUGCCAACUCAGUAGUAGGUUCUGUUGAUUAUAUGGCAAUUGAUGUUUUAGAAUGUCAAGACUAUGAUUAUACUGUAGAUUAUUGGUCAUUAGGUUGCAUACUUUUCGAAUCUUUGGUAGGUUUUACCCCUUUUAGUGGUGCUAGCUGUAAAGAAACAACUGAAAAUUUAAGACAUUGGAGAACGAAACUAAAACGACCAAUAUUAAAGGAUGGUAGACCUGCGUUUCCAAACGAAACUUGGGAUCUCAUAAAGCUGUUAAUAGCAGAUCCAGCAAUUCGUUUGCGUUCUAUCGAAGAAUUAAAAAAUAUAGAAUAUUUUAAAUGUAUCAAUUUUGAUAUGUUGCGUCACAGUACUCCGCCCUUUAUCCCCCAAUUAGAUGACGCAUUUGAUACAGGUUAUUUUGAUGAUUUUAAUGAUGCAAGAGAUAUGGAAAAAUACCGCAACGUUUUGAGAACGGAAGAGUCCUCAGUGGUAACUCUUGGAACCAGUUCUGCAAGUUCAAGAAUAACUGGAUUUACCUUUCGACAUAAAACCCAUCAAGGAAUCCUUCGUUCACUAAGUGACGAUGGGACGAAAUAUGUGGAUGCAUUUGCCACUUUCUUUUGA